CUCCGAGGGCUGUGCCCGCCUCCUUCCUGCCGCUGCAUAUCCCUGCCUGGAGGGCGGUUCCCAGCCCAGAGGGAAGGAGGGAGAGGGGCUGGCGCGUCAUGCCCUGGUCACUGCGUGCCAAGCUCCUUACGGACCUGAUCCUGGUCAUCUGGGGAACCGCUGCCUUCCUGAUCAACCUGGGCGCCAACCUGUGGGCCGCCAGCCAGUAUGUGCUCAAUGGUCGUUAUGUGUGGGCCGCACUGGUGCUGACGCUGCUGGGCCUCUCCUCGGUUGCACUGCAGGUCUUCAGCUGGGUCUGGCUGCGCGCCGACCCGCCUGGCUUGCACGAGUCGCAGCCUCCGGGCCGCUGUCUGGCGCUGCUGCAUCUCCUGCAGCUGGGAUACCUGUACAGGUGCAAGCAAGGCCUGCAGCAGGCGCUGUUGGUGUGGCAGCAGGAAGUGCCCUCCGAGUUUGACUUGGCCUAUGCCGACUUCCUCUCCCUGGACAUCAGCAUGCUGCGGCUCUUUGAGACCUUCCUGGAGAAGACGCCACAGCUCACGCUUAUCCUGGCCAUCCUGCUGCAGAGUGGCCAGGCCGAGCCCUACCAGUGGGUUGUUAUCUGCACGGCCUUCGUGGGUAUCUCAUGGGCACUGCUUGACUACCACCAGGCCUUGCGCACCUGCCUCCCCUCCAAGCGCCACCUCCGGCUGGUCUCCUCUGUGAUCUACUUCCUGUGGAAUCUGCUGCUGCUGUGGCCCCGAGUCCUGGCUGUAGCCCUGUUCUCAGCCCUCUUCCCCCGCUACGUGGCUCUGCACUUCUUGGGCCUGUGGCUGGUGCUGCUGUUCUGGGUCUGGCUUCAGGGCACCGACUUUAUGCCAGAUCCCUGUUCUGAGUGGCUGUACCGGGCGACAGUGGCCAGCAUCCUUUAUUUCUCCUGGUUCAAUGUGGCUGAGGGUCACUCUCGAGGCCGCGCCACCAUCCACCUGGUGUUUCUCCUGAGUGACAGCGUCCUUAUGGUGGUCACCUGGCUGACUCACAGUGCCUGGCUGCCUAGUGGGAUCCCGUUGCAGAUCUUGCUGCCUGUGGGAGGCGUCAGCUUCCUUUUGGGUCUGGUUCUACGGCUUGUCUACCACCAUUGGCUGCACCCUAGCUGCCACCGGGAGCCUGCUGAGGUGGAUGGGACUCGGGCCCUCCACUCCCCUGAGUGGUGCCAGCUGCCUCAGAACACACGCAUGAUCAGGUUGGCGUGGAACUUUUUUCCCAAGACAUGGGAGGGAGACGGGAACGGAGUCCUUUGAGGCAGGAUCAGACCCAGCCAGGGGACAGAAGGACAGAUGGAAUCAAUUGGUAGAAUGCAGAAGAUAAGCUAAUAAUGCUGCUAUAGGCCUUGAUUCACUCAACAAGCACUUGAUGCCUCAUCUUGCCAGGCACUGAAGACCAGAGUUGAAUAAGAGGCCUGCCUUCAAGGGUAAGAACAAGAUGAGAAGGGACCCAAUUAUGUACAAAACACUUUGAGAGGAAAGAAGAGACCCCUCCACCCCCUUUUCUCUUCCUCCCAACCAGUAUAGCUUAUGCCCCAAAGCUUCUCAGUAUUGGCAUUUCCACCUCCAAAAUAAUCGGUGGGGGUGCUGUCCCACCCCUUGGUUCCCCUAUCUAGGGCUAGAAUGGCCCUAAGACCUCCAGGAUGUGUUCUCUAGAAUUCUUCCUCCCGUGUCCCACCUGUCAUUCAGUGCAUUCACCAAGUGUUUCCUGAGAGCAUUUUAUGUGCCAGGAACAUCAUUCUAUCCUUGGAACCUGGAACAAGAUCAGCUGCCACCCCUACCCUCUCCAGCCGCUCCUGUGUGGGCUCAUGCUGGAAGCCAGAGAUGCCCAGCUGGCUGGCCCACGUCAACCCCUCCAAGGCCCGAGUGCAGCUGGGCCAACCUCUGCCCUUGCUCUCAACCAAGUGCCUUGUGAACCUGUGGUCAGGUUCAUGGCUCAGCCCACUGAGUACUUUUCCUGUACUUCGGUGUACUUUCUACCUCAGUCUAUGUGAGAGGAAGAGAAUGUGUGUGCCUGUGUGUCUCUGCAAGUGAGUGACACAAUUUUUUUUUUGAACAGUAUUAUUAGGUUUUUAUUAAAACCUCAUGGAAUCCUC